AAGAUCACUAUUCUAAAGGGAUAAGUGCCAACCUCCAGCCCUGUUUACGACUGAGUGAUUUUGCUGUUAGUGAUUCAUCCUCCAGAUUAAUGGCCGUUUUGGGUGGGAUUCGGUUUCGAAAAAAAGUUUCAUACAAAAUCCUGCAAUAAAUGGGUUGUGCGUGGGUUGUUGUUGUUCUUAUCAAAAAAUUCAAAAAAGAAAAAAGGGUUGGCUUUUUCAUCGCCAGAAGGAUCCAAGAGGUAGAGGGUUAAAGAUGGGAAGAAGGUUAAAUGAGCAACAGGGUGGGAUGACUAUGAAGAAGUCGAUAGAGAUUUGUUAAUUAAUUAUUUUUGGCAUAUUUCGUCACUUCCACCAACUGGGUUGGGUACAUAAGAGAGAGAGAGAGAGAGAGAGAGAGAGAGAGAGAGAUGGUAGUUUUGGAUGAUCGAUCUUUUUCAGGGAAGAAAAGAAGCAUAGAAACAAUGAAGGAGAGCGAUUCCUGCUCUGUUCUUAAUGAUAAUGGUUCCUCUGUAAUCGAGCACAAGGCAUAUGCUAGAGUUGGACUCCUUGGAAACCCUAGUGAUGUUUACUUUGGUAGGACCAUCUCCUUUACCCUUGGGAAUUUCUUUGCUUCCGUUCGGUUGGAGCCUUCUGAUGAUCUCGUCAUUCGUCCUCACUCUCACCAUGAUUUCGUUAAAUUUCAAUCCUUGAAUCAAAUGGCGGAUCGGCUACAAAAUGAAGGUUAUUAUGGAGGGGUGCGCCUACUUAUGGCGAUUUGUAAGGUUUUUUACAAUUAUUGUAAAGACAAUGGUAUUGAUCUUAGUAGUGAGAAUUUCACGCUCUCUUAUGAUACCAAUAUUCCUCGUCAGACAGGACUUUCAGGUUCCAGUGCUAUUGUAUGUGCUGCCCUCAACUGCCUCCUCGACUUCUAUAAAGUCCGGUACCAGGUUAAAGUUGAGAUCAGGCCUAACCUUAUUCUUAAUGCAGAGAAGGAGCUUGGAAUUGUUGCUGGCCUUCAAGACCGGGUUGCCCAGGUCUAUGGAGGACUUGUUUACAUGGAUUUUAGCAAGGAAUAUAUGGAUGACUUGGGGCAUGGCAUGUAUACACGCAUGGAUAUCAAUGUUCUUCCUCCUCUCCAUCUCAUUUAUGCUGAAAAUCCAAGUGAUUCUGGGAAGGUACACAGUACCGUUCGUAAAAGAUGGCUUGCAGGUGAUGAGCUAAUAAUAUCGUCGAUGAGAGAAGUUGCUAACAUAGCUUUAGAAGGUCGUACAGCAUUAAUUGAAAAGGACUACACCAGACUUGCAGAGCUUAUGAACCGUAAUUUUGAUUUUCGAAGGCAGAUGUUUGGAGAUGACGCUCUUGGUUCUAUGAAUAUAGAGAUGGUGGAAGUAGCCAGAAGUGUGGGAGCUGCAUCGAAAUUUACAGGGAGUGGAGGAGCAGUAAUUGCAUUUUGUCCAGAAGGACCUUCGCAAGUGAAGCUUCUUGAAGAUGCUUGCCAAGAGGCUGGCUUUGUUGUUCAGCCAGCAAUAGUUGUUCCUUCUUUUUUAAAUGAUGUUGAUCUCAAAACCCUGUCUUCUUAAUGUAGAGAUGUACUAGAGGUAACGGUAUCUGAUGGCUGGUGAUUUUAUCCUUAAAAUACUCAUCUAGUUUGUUAAUGGUCCUUAGGUAUGCAGUUCCUUGAUAUUUGAUUAAUUUGUUCUUAAUUUGAUGCAAUAAUGAUGUAGGUGGUCCAAUUUCAUA